GCGUGGCUCUGUUGCUAUAGCAACAGUGAAUACUCCACUGUAGGUGGGUGAUCACGCAAAUACUGUGAAGAACGUGACACAGGGACUAUGUGCUAUGUGCCAGCUCUGUGACAUGGACAUGUGGUCCAGUAUCUGUGUCCUCAGCAGGGAAAAUGACCACAUAAGCUGAUAAACUGAAACUGCUGAGUUGUACAGACGAAUAAUUUUACUACCUGCUUGAAAGGCUUUGUUUCCAAGCACUUCACAGCAUGGGCUCUCCCAGAGAGGGUCCAGAGUCCCAGGACACUUUUCAAUACGAGCCCAAUGCAGAGGAGGAGGGAGAGGGCUGGGGAAGUGAUGGUCCCAUUGAAAUCUGUACCUCAAACCUUGCAAGGAGCAAGAAAAAGAAGAAAAGAAAGAAGAGAUUGUGGAUCAAUCUCACUAACUGUAAAUAUGAGAGUGUACGUCGUGCUGCCCGCAAAUAUGGUCUGCGAGAGGCUGGGGAAGGAGAAGACUGGACCUUAUUUUGGACUGAUUUUUCAGUCUCUUUGGAUAGAGUCAUGGAAAUGAAGCGAUAUCAGAAAAUCAACCAUUUUCCAGGAAUGAGUGAGAUAUGUAGGAAAGAUCUCCUCGCAAGAAACCUCAACCGUAUGUUGAAGCUCUUUCCAAAAGACUAUAACAUCUUUCCACGUACUUGGUGCCUUCCUGCAGAUUACAGUGAUUUUCUAGCCUACACAAGAGCCAAAAAGCAUAAAACCUAUAUUUGCAAACCAGAGUCAGGUUGCCAAGGACGUGGCAUAUUUCUCACCAAGUCCAGCAAAGACAUCCAACCAGGGGAACACAUGAUUUGCCAGGUGUAUAUUUCUAAGCCAUUAAUAAUUGAUGGAUUCAAGUUUGACUUGCGCGUUUAUGUGUUGGUGACUAGCUGUGAUCCCUUCCGCAUCUUUGUGUACAAUGAGGGACUGGCUCGUUUCUGCACUAACCAGUAUAGUGAACCCACCCAUAGCACCAUGGAUGAUGUCUGCAUGCACCUGACCAACUAUGCCAUCAACAAGCACAGUGAGAAUUUUGUCCAUGAUGAUGAUCGGGGAAGCAAACGGAAGCUCUCAGCCUUCAACAAGUAUCUGGAGUCCAUGGGUUAUGACCGACAGAAGGUGUGGGCAGAUAUUAAUGAUGUAAUUAUUAAGACCCUCAUCUCAGCUCAUCCUAUUCUCAAGCACAACUACAACACUUGCUUCCCCAACCAUACAGCAGGCAAUGCCUGCUUUGAGAUCCUGGGCUUUGAUGUUUUGCUUGACCACCGGCUCAAGCCCUGGCUUCUGGAGGUCAAUCAUUCUCCUAGCUUCACCACAGACUCUCAUUUGGACCGUGAGGUGAAGGACAGCUUGCUGUAUGACACGCUGGUGCUGAUUAACCUGGGGGCAUGUGAUCGCAAGAAGAUCACAGAAGAGGAGAAACGUAGGGUGAAAGAACGACUACAACAGAAUCGCUCCAGAGAGGCCAGGAAUGAACAACUUCGCCAGGCCCAGGCUGCCAGUAUGGAGCAGAUGCAGAGAUAUGAAGCCAAUCACCUUGGGGGAUACCGUCCAAUCUACCCCACGGUGGGAGAAGAGAAAUAUGAGAAAUACUUUAAACACAGUAGCUCUCUGUUCCAGGACACUGCAGCCUCUAAAGCAAGGGAGGAGUGUUCUAGGCAGCAGUUGCAGGAGCUGCGUCUGAAGCAGGAGCAGAAAGAACGAAAGCAUAAAGGAAAUCAAAAGGAUCUACAAGGAGAAUCUGCAGGAGAAAGAGCCAAACCAUGCAGAGUGCAAAAUCAUAACAUACACACCAAACCACGCUCUGAACAAGAACCACAGUCCAUGCCCCCUCUUCCAACUUCAACAGGAGGGACAUCCUUGUUUCUGGAUAUGUCAAAAGAAGAGGAGGCAGAGGAAGUGGAACGUGUUAAUGCACUCCUCCAAAGAAAAAACUUGCUCCGGGACUUGGGUGUGGUUGAUCAGGUGUAUCAGUUGCUACACAGUAUCCAAUCGCAGCCCGGUCCCACCAAACACCCACACGAACAAGUGAAGGUCUCUUUACACAAACCACAUGACAGUAUGAACAAGUUGGGUUCUCUGACAGAGCUUUGGAGACAUAAACUACCCAGUACAGUGAGACAGCAGAUAGUUCCUCUAGGAGACAAGCCAUGCCUGCAGUAUUUGCACUCUCGCCUCAUGCAGCAUUGCACACCGCUGACCUUACGUGAUUGGAGGCCUUCUCGGCCGGUACUGAGUGAGCCAACCAGUUUCCAGCAUAUCGACCUGGAAACAACAACAGCAUCUGAUGUUCAGCGGCAAGAGCUUCCUGAUCACAGGAGGGCUGCUAGUGCACAUCGGGUAGCUUGGACUAUUACUAGCCCUCUUGCCAGACAGGGCAGUAUUAGGUCAUGCUUUCUGGAGUCAAGGAACCGGGCUUCAAUAAUGACUAUGGGUUCGAGGCAACUGUGUUGUGCUCCCAUGUCCUCCGACCAUAAAGCCUUGCAGAAUCUGUUCAUCGUCUCCACUUCAGCCCCUCUUGUCCCACGUCCAGGUCACGCUUACACUCUCAACAAAGGCCACUUUAAAAACUCUCAGCACGGACACAGCCACUGAUGUGGGAUACCCUGCUGCUCAGCAGCCAAGCCUAGGCUUUUCUCUGUGCAGUAUUUUAAUUUCCAGUUACUAUGUAUGAUAAAAUCAAAAUAUUAGUCACUGGGAGUCUUGGAUAAUAUUUGUUCAGAUAUAAAUGCAAAGUCUUGUGCAUUUGUUUUUGGAGUAUGCAAUAGACUGAUUGAAGGUGACCUGUUUAUUUUUAUUUCUAUUUUUUUCUUAAAAUAUUAUAUUUAUUUUAAAAUAGUAUAAAUUAGUUAGAACUGAGCCAUCCUAUAUUCUGAGCCAGAAAGCAAAUAAACAUUUAUUUGCUUGCAGUAUUUUCUCAGUGGAACUGUGAGGCACUAAUUCUCUGGUGUGUUUAUUCUUUGUUCUAAAAAUACACACCAACUAGCAAAAAUCUUAGUGGUGACACUUUGUGUAAUCAAAUAUCAUUUUAGAUCUUUGGAUUGAUGCCACAUAUCUGUUUUUUGAUUUCCUGGAACCAUUGAUUUAAUUUUUUUUUCCAUUUUUGUUGGUGGCAAUAAUAUAACCUCACCCCAAAUGUCACCAAUAUGUCAUAGGAUCUUUGAACAAAGAAACUUUAAAAAAAUUGGGGAUUGGCCUAAAAACAGUUUACCCAUUAUUUUAAAGAGUGGAAAAGACAAUCAAUAAAAAAAAAACAAAAAACAAGCAAACAAAACAAAACAAAAAACCCAAUUAUUAUUAUUGAUUAUGUAACAUUUUAUUUUUAGCCAAAUUAGAUGGCCAAAUGAACAGUUCCUACAUUGUUUCUGCUUACUUAAUAUUUAAAGUCUCCUAUUAUCUGUACUAUCCACAUAUCAUAAAUAAAUC